AUGUGUUCCACAAAUAAAUUUGGAUUCCCAAAUGAACCAUAUGAUAUACAGUCAGAAUUUUGUUUGAGUGCCUGGAAGCUGUAUGAUAUAGAUAGAGGAAUUGGAAUUUUUGAAUCUCCAACUGGCACGGGCAAAACUUUGAGCAUUUUAUGUUCUUCUCUAAGUUGGAUAAACCAGAAAAUUUCCAGUCCUGUAUCUUCUGGACAAGUAAGUAAAUCGGUACCAUUAUGGGUCGUUAAUGCAAUCAAAAAAAAAAGAGAAAAUUCAUUUGAGCAAUAUAUAAAUGGGAAAAGUAACUUUUUAAGGCAUAUUAAGGAUGAUAUUUUAAAUUCAACCAAAAAAAACAUAGAUGAAUUAACAUUGACUGAAAAUUUGAAUUUUUCCCCCAGUUUCUAUCAGAUAAUUAUUUCUAGUAGAACGCACACACAAUUAACGCAAUUUGUUGAAGAGUUUAUAAAAAUAAAGAUUGCAAAUAGAAAUAAUUUUCAUAUCUCCAAUAUUUAUUCAAUUGUACCACUUGCAAGUAGAUCUCAUCUUUGUUUGCAUAAUCAAGUCAAAAAUUAUCCAAGCCAUCUUAUUAAUGACGCCUGUAAAUUAUAUUCUGGCGAGGGAAAAAAAGAAAAUAAAUGCAUAUAUAAAGAAAACUACAUGGAACUUGCAAAAAAGUGCUUAAUUGAACCAAUGAACAUUGAAGAAUUAUGUAAGGAAGGUUAUAGUUUAAGUGCAUGCCCAUAUUAUGCAACUAAAGAAGCCAGCAAAUAUUCGGACAUUAUUCUCGUACCUUACAGCAUUAUUUUCAAUAAAACUACUCGAGAAUCAUUUGGAAUCUUGCUUGACAAGAAAAAAACUUUUUGCUUCAUUGACGAAGCACACAAUUUAAUCAAUGCAUUGGAAUCAAAUAAUAGAGCCAGUUUUACUUUAAUUUCUUGCCAAAUAUUGAAUUAUUCGUUCGAAAAGCUAAUUUCAACAAAUGAUUGUACUACUAAAAAUAAUUUUUUUGCAACUUUCAAACAGCUAGUUAGGUUAGUCAAAUGUAUUUAUUCGUCUACCAGUAAUAUAAUUAAUACUAAUAAACGUAAACAUAAUGAAAGUGAAAUGAAAAGUAAUCAAAUAUUACUUGGCCCACUCGAAUUUAUAAACAACUACCAAAUAAAUGCAUUUGAUCUAAACAAAAUAAUCAAUUUUAUCAUUGAAAAUGAAUUAUGUACUAAAAUUAAAGACAUAAUUAUCAAAUUUGGAAGGUAUUUCCCAAUUAAAUUCAAUAGUUUUGAAGAAAUAAUCUCCUAUUCAAAUUCCCUGUUUUUAUUCAAAGAUUUUAUUGCUGCUUUAGUUUGCUCUGAUAAAGAAUUCGACAAAGUUAUUAUUGAAACUAGCUUUGAUCAUUCAGAUAACAAACAGGUUACCAUUACAGUUGUUCCUAUUAAUGUUCAAUCAAGUUUUACUGAUAUAUUUGCCAACACAAAAUCUACGAUGCUUGUUGGAGGGACAUUAGAACCUUUGACCGAGUUUCAACCAUUAAUAUCACCGAUGGAACCUACAAAUAUUGUAAAGUUUUCUGCAAAUUACCAUAUUUCUAGUAAUAAUCUGAUGUGUUUGAUUAUUCCAAAGUUUAUUGACAAUAGUAUUGUCGACUUAAGAUACGAAUAUAGAACUGAUGUAAAGCAGCUACUAAAUCUUUGUGAGUUAUUUUCAGUGCUUUCAUCAGAAGUACCUAACGGAAUAUGCGUUUUCUUUACAUCCUACACUUUCCUUGAUGUAUUUUUCAAGUUUCUUAUUUCAGAAAGCUCUAAACACUACUACCGGUCGAUUAUAAAAAACAAGAAAAUAUUUAAGGAGAAAAGGCAAGGUUCGAAUUGUGGGAAGGUAUUGCUAAAUUUAUAUAAAGACCACAUCAUGAAUAACAAGGACUAUGGCGCAAUGCUUUUUGCUGUUUUAAAUGGAACUCUUUCGGAAGGAGUUAAUUUUUCAGAUGAACUUUGCAGAUGCCUUGUAGUUAUUUCGCUUCCAUUCCCACAAAAGACCGAGAUUUUUUCUUGUAAAGAAAGAUAUUUCAACGGAAGUAUUGGGGAUUGCAAUAAGUACGAGAACAUGUAUAGAAAAAUAAUUUGUAUGAAAACAGUAAAUCAAUGUAUUGGGCGUGCAAUAAGACAUAGAAAUGACUAUUCAACUAUUUUAUUGGUUGAUCAUCGAUAUAAUAAUACUGAGAUAAAGCAAAUGUUGCCAAAGUGGGUGGCUAAAAAUAUCCCUAAUGACACAUUAAUUGAAUGGAAUUUUCAGAGUAAUGUGAUUUUAAAACUCAGAGAUUUUUAUAAAAAUAAAUCUUAG